AUGGCUGACACCAAGACCGGAAGCAGUUGUUCCAAGUCAAACAUUUCUGAAUUUCUUAAAAUAGAGUAUUCAAGAUGUAUGAUAUGCGAUGGAUUUUAUGGAUCCAACUUCGGUCAGCCUGUGUGUAGUACCUGUCAUCUCUUCCUAUUUACAUCAGACAUCAACUCAGAAGAUGGAGAACCGGAAAUUUAUAAUGAGAAGGCUGAUUCAGAUGCUGACUCGGGGAAUGAGGAACCAGGAGCUGCAUUUGACUUCUACACAAAUGGAAGUCAGGAUGCUCAGGAGACAAGGAGGGUGAAAUCUGGUGUCACCCAUAAAAUGGACAAACUUGCAGAACGUAUAUCUUCACUUACAAUGCCUAGAGAAAAAGACCUUGUGCCAGAAGGUUUAGUGGAUUCUAUGCCCCCAGAAGUGCUUUUAGUGGUAUUUAAAUACCUUGAUGAUAUUUCACUGUGGACAGCCGGACGUGUAUGUUCAAGGUGGAGACAGAUCUUGGAAGGUGAAACUACUGACUCUCAGUGGAAAGAGUUUUGUAAACUGCGAUGGCCAUUAUUUUACCCACAGUACAGAGUAAAGACAUGGAAAACAAUUUACACAAAGCUAUUAGAGAGCUCUCCCUGUAAAUAUUGUUUAGAGAGCAUGAUGUUACAGAGUACACCUCCAAUAGAGGAGAACUCGUGGCGACAUCGUCGACUGAGGAGUGAGCUAAAGACUCUAAAGUCAGACCCUCCGGAGGGGAUUAAAGCUACUCCUCUAGAUCGGCACUGCUGUCACUGGCAAGCCUCCAUCACUGGUCCCCAAGGAAGUCCAUAUGAGGGAGGACUAUUUCUCUUAUACUUACAGAUACCACAAAGUUAUCCGAUGAGACCUCCAAAAGUACGAUUUAUUACAAAGAUAUUUCAUCCGAAUAUUAGUCGCCAUGGUGAUGUAGGGUUGGACUCAAUACAUCAUAAUUGGAGUUUAGCACUGACAAUAUCAAAAGUAUUGAUAAGUAUCCAAUCGUUACUAACAGAUCCCUACUGUCAUGUUUGUAUGGAGCCAACAGUGGGUCAACUAUAUGCGGGAAACAGGAAAGAAUUCAACCGGAUAGCGCGAUUAUGGACAUGGAAAUACGCUAUGCAUGAUUUCCUCAUGCCCAUGAACAUUGAUCUGAAUGGCAUAUAGGAAUAAACCUAUGCCUUAGAUAUAGACUUGUAAUAUCUUCGGUCCAGAAGCAACUUCCAGCUGUAGAGAAGAGUAGGUACUUUAAAGGGAUGUUCCUUUAAAGUAAAACAAAAAAUUCCAACAUUUGGAAUCCAAUAGGUGAUUUUUAUACACUAAAUCAGGAUGCUGUGUUUUGUGUCAAUGAAACUUUCAUCUGUGAAGGAUGUGAAAGACAAUCUUCGAUAGAAAUACCAGUACCUUAAGUAUCAGAAACCAGAAUCAACAAUUUUCUUCUUUCAAGGAGUAAAGACCAAACACCGGUGAUAUGUAUAGCUUCUGUUGUGAUGCAUUUAUACGUAGAUUUACAGAUUCCAGAUAUCCAUGUUCUUUUACCACCUGUAAAUCAUUUAGGUCCAUUUUUUUUAUAUGUCCUUUUUAUACAAACAGCUUUUAAUUUCAAGUACAACAUAUGUUUAUGAAUAACCAUAUAGAUAUUGCACAUUGCCAAAACACUAGCUGCCCUUUGUCACUAAACACAUGGAGUCAUAUUAACAACCAACUAGGAUCAUUACCAAAGUAGUUAAUUAUGCAGGCCCAAGCCCCCAGGGACCUGAGGGGUGGGGCCAAAAGCAGUCAAAUUGACUCAAAUUUCAAGAAUUGCCCUCUCAACACCCAGAUAUGGUAGAAUAAAAUACUCUUCAUGGAUGGAAGGGUCAUAAGAUGCUUUACUAAAUCCAUGAAUUUCAUUGACCUAAGAUUUUCACAUUUUCCCCUGGGGUGCGGAAUGAAUUUUUCCAAUUUUUUUUAGGAAAAUUGAAUUUUUCAGAAUAAAGUUAUUUAUUUUAAAUUGGAAAUAACUUGGUAAGAACUUCUUUUUUGAAACACUUGAAAGCUACUUAUACUUUAACCUUUCUUAAAAUAUUGCCUACCUGAGGUGACCUUAAAGGCCGCUAGGCAUCUUGUUUAUGCUUAAUGCACAUAUAAGAUAAAUGAAGUACAUCCCUCUAAAAAUAAAUUACAUAAUUGUUUCAUUGCAUUACCUUUUAUGUUCAAAUAAGAAAAUCAGAACAAUAGAAUGGACUAUUCCAUUAUAACUUCAGAGGGAUUGAUGGGGCAGGUUUCCCAAGUACACAUACCAGUAUCUAUGAUCAAAGGGAUGUUAGGGUCUAGAUUUCUUAUAGUGGUAUAUUUACCAUUGUAUGGCCAAUGGAAUGCAUGUAAUGUGAACAAUUUUAGGUAUCCUCUUCUAAAAGAGUUGACAUUCAUAUUGCCUGUGAAUGCCAUCUGAAAGCAGUUCGAUAUUUAGAUAUUCUUAAUUCUAGCUUUUAUUAGAGCUUUUGAUCAUGUUAUUCUUCUUCAACAGAUUAGUGCAUUUACGGAUUGGCUGAUAAACAAUACACAUUUUAUACUAUCAAAAACAUUAUCAAGGAAUUUUAACUUGUAAAUAUAAUCCAGCACAUCUUUUUGUGCAAAAAGUGUUUAAGAUGUCACUAUAACUGAAAUAUUACUACAAAGAUUUGUAGAUUUAAAUACUUUGUGGGGAAAUUCUCUGCCAUCUUGUUUUUAAUUGAUUAAAGUGUUACUGCAACUGAAAUUUUAAUGUUUCAGAAACAAUGUGCAAUAUU